CUCUUGCAGCUGAUGCAGACGGGCGUGCUGCACUGCGACCCGCAUCCGGGCAACAUGUGCGUCACGCCGAGCGGGCGCAUCGUGCUCUACGACUUUGGCAUGAUGGACACGCUGCCGCAGACGACGGUGCAGGGCAUGCGCAAGAUCGCCUUUGGGCUGCUCAACGGUUCGCCCACCCCCGACGCCAAGGAGAUCGCCACGCGCGGCGAUAGCGUCAUGGAGGGCCUCGAGAUGUCGGGCUUCCUCCAGCCCGGCGCGAACGCGACGGCCGUCCGGAUGGUCGGCGAGUUCCUCGUGCGCUUCUUCAGCGACCAGGCCGCCGGCCGCGCCACCCAGGAUGUCACCGAGCAGAUCGACUAUGAGCUGCGCUCCCUCCUCGGCUCGGGCGCCAUCGCCUUCCCCUCGGCCUUCACCUUCGUCGCGCGCGCGUUCACGUCGGUCGACGGGAUCGCCAAGUCUCUCCAGCCCGAGAUUGAGCUGCGCCAGGCGCUCGACCCGUUCGUGUCGCAGCUCAUCACCGACGAGUACACCAGCCAGGCCAACGCGAAGCGCGAUGCGCUGCUCGCACAGGCAAAGGGCUUCUUUGGGCAGGGCGGCGAGGGCGGCGGGGAGGGCCUGCCUCGCGAUGCGGCGCUCGUGGCUGCCGGCGUGCUGGCGGGCGUUGCGAUUGCGCAGAUCCUUGGGCUGUGAGUUGUAUGUGGCCCGUGCGAGGGCUGGCGUGUUGUCUGUUGAGAGAUGUCUAGUGUGUUUUGCCUCCGUUCAUACCCAAUAUGCUACUUUUUGGCACGGGUAGCAGAAGAGUGAGAGUCGUGAUUUCUUGUUGGU